AUGGAAAACCUAUCAAUUCCAGAAGAUCAAUCUCAAAAAGAAAAUAUUUUAUCAGCAAAAUGUCAAUUUCUUCUUUGGAGUUGGAUUUUAAUUCUAAUAUCAAUCAUGAUUGCUGUUAUUACAAUAGUUAUAUUCAUUCGAUAUCAAUCAUCAUUUUCGUCCGUCGAUAUAAAAUAUGACAUUGAUAUUCCAUGUAAUCCAUUAAAUUUUUCAAGUUAUGCAAGUUAUAAAACUGAAAGGGGACCUUGGUCAAUAAGCACUGGUUAUUUAGAUGAAGAUUCAUUUCUGGAUAUUGUUGUUGUUAAUCAAAAUGAUAAUAAUAUGGGCAUAUACUAUGGUUCCGCAAACGGAGAAUUCCAAAGUGCACAAUUCAUUUCCACGUCUUCAAUUGUUAUUUGUGUCGCUGUUAGAGAUAUGAAUAAUGAUAACAAAACUGAUAUAAUUUUAACUUAUGGUGCAUCGAAUGAAGUUGCCAUUUUUAUUAAUAAAGGCAAUCAAAUUUUUAACUCACCAGUAACUUAUCCAGUUGGAAAUUAUCCAUAUUGGAUUGAUUUUGGAGAUUUUAAUAAAAAUAAUUUAUUAGAUGUUGUUGUUACUAAUGAUCAUGACGGUACUGCUACUGUUUUGUAUGAUUAUUAUAAUUUAUCAUUCAGUUAUUCUAAAACAUAUCCAGUUGGAAAUGAUGUUACAGGUGUAUCUGUUGCUGAUUUUAAUAAUGAUUUAUAUCCUGAUUUUGUUACUGCUGACUAUAGUGAUAAUACGAUUAGCGUUCUUAUUAAUGCUAAAAAUGGAAUGUUUAAAAAUAGAAAAACAUAUUUUACAAGUAUUUCACCAUGGGCUAUAGCUAGUGCUGAUUUAAAUAAUGAUAAUUUUAUAGAUAUUGUUAAUACUAAUCACGAUGUAGGUACAUUAAGUGUUUUACUUAAUGAUGGGCAUGGAAAUUUUAACGAAUGGGAUACAUAUUAUGUUGGUGGAAGUCCAAGAUCAGUUGCAUUAGCUGACUUAAAUAAUGAUACAUUCGUUGAUAUUAUUUCUGUAAAUUGGUAUAAUAAUUUUGUUUGUAUUUUAUUAAAUAAACAAAAUGGAAAAUUUCAAACAUGUCAAACAUUUAGCACCGAUUAUUAUGGUUAUGCUGUUACAACUGGAGAUUUUAAUCAGGAUGGAAAAAUAGAUAUUGCUCUUAUUACUACUUAUUAUAAUACUUUAAAUGUUCUUUUAAAUCAAUGUUAA